AUGACGAGUAGUCGUUGGGGUGGUAGUGGCGGAGGCGCUAGUGAUAGUGAUAAUGAUAAUGAAUUGGAUCUCGCUGUGGAAGAGACGAUUGAUCGAUUGCUCCGGCAGAGGCGGCAGCGGCGGCAGCAGGGGGCGGCAGCGGUACCUUGGUCGAUCCAUCGCCGACGUCAUGUAUCCCGGGACCAUAUUGCUGCACAUAUUCGGUUGUAUGAGGACUACUUUGCUCCGCAGCCGCAUUUUGGGUAUGUCUUAUUCCGGCGACGUUUUAGGAUGCAUUGUCCGCUGUUUAUGCAUAUCGUGGGUGCUUUAGAGAGAAGAUACGAGUUUUUCAGGAUCAGGGAGGAUGCGGCUGGCAAACCCGGACACACGCCCUUACAGAAGUGCACUGCCGCAAUCAGGCAACUGGCGUACGGAGGCCCGGCCGACAUGUUCGACGAGUACCUCCACAUUGGCGAGUCUUCAGCCGUCGAGUGUUUGCAGAAUUUUUGCGCGGGCGUUAGAGCGAUAUUCGGGGAUCAGUAUCUUCGGCGUCCGAGCCCCGAAGACUGCCAGCGGUUGAUAAAUAUGCACGGAGUCGGUGCACGAGUUUCCCUGGGAUGUUGGGCAGCAUAG